AUGCCGUUGCCGCCGCCGCCGCGAGCCCAGAUCUCCGGUUUCCGAGGUGCCGCUUCGAUGUGGAGUGUUUUCCAUGGCGAUGGCUAUGAUUUCCUUGCCCAGCCUUCUUGCUACGUGGCGCAAUAUGGCCACAAGGUGCAGCCGGGAGUCUUUUACAAGCCGCUGAAGCCGCUCCUGCGACACGCCAUGGGCCUUGUCUAUGUGUUUCUUGGCCCAUCGUCAUACAUUUUUCUUGAACUCUCAUGGGGCUGA